AUGGUACCCUGGGAAGGUGCCACUGGCGUCACAUGUCUCGUCUCGAGGCCAAAGACGCCAAAGACGCCCAAGACUCGACAUCGUGGCCUCGACCCUCGACCACCACCGCCACGCCUGCCUCCCAUUGACCGUCCAACUCUCCUCUGCCUAAGCUACCGUCCUCCAUUCGGAGAGGGGGCUGCCGCUGCUGCCGCCGCCGCCGCCACGACCAUGGAUGACACGCGACCCCUCGCCUCGCUGUCCCUGACCCACGUCUACUAUGACCCCUCCGACCCCCUCUCCCUCGUCUGCGCCUGGCUCGCCCUCCUGCCGCAGGCCCUCUGCAUCGUCUACGCGACCCUGGCCUUUGCCUCGCGCGAGGCCGAGGUCGCCCUCAUGUUCGCCGGCCAGCUCGCCUGCGAAGCCGUCAACUUUGCCCUGAAGCGCCUCAUCAAGGAGGACCGCCCCCGCCGCAUCCACGGCAAGGGCUACGGCAUGCCCUCGUCCCACGCCCAGUUCGUCGCCUUCUGGGCCCUCUACCUCGUCCUCUUCCUCUUUGUCCGCCACCGCGGGCCGCCCGCUCGACAGACCGCGACAGACGACAGCAACAACAACAGCCGCAACAGCAGCAGCCCGCCCUACCGCUCGCGCGCCCUGUCCCGCGUCGAACGCGCCGUCGCCGCCCUCGUCGCCGUCGCCACCGCCGCCGCCGUCGCCUGGAGCAGGGUCUACCUCGGCUACCACACGACGAAGCAGGUCCUCAUCGGCCUCGCCGCCGGCGCCGCCUGCGCCGUCGCCUGGUUCGCCGCCACAACCCACGCCCGCGACGUCGGCCUCCUCGCCUGGGUCCUGCGGUGGCCCGUUGUGCGCUGGUUCCGCGUCCGCGACCUGCUGCUCGAGGAGGACUUUUGCCAGGCCGGCUGGGAGCGCUGGGAGGAGAAGCGCCUGCGUGAGGACGACGCGCUGGUCCGCCAGGAGAAGGCCAAGAAGAGGUGA